AUGGUGGUUUUUACAUGCAACGCGUGUGGAGAAUCUGUGAAGAAAGCACAAGUUGAAAAACAUGUGAACAUCUGCAGAAACUGUCAGUGCCUUUCUUGUAUGGAUUGUGGCAAGGAUUUCUGGGGUGAUGAUUAUAAGGAACAUGUGAAGUGCGUAAGUGAAGACCAGAAAUAUGGUGGAAAAGAUUUUGAAGCCAAAACUAACAAAGGAGAUGCUAAGCAACAGGAGUGGAUUCAGAAAAUUCAUGAAGUAAUGAAGAAACCAAACAUAAGCCCUAAAGUGCGUAACAUUCUGGAGCAAAUGCGUGUCUUUGAUAACAUUCCAAGAAAAAAAGUCAAGUUUCAGAAUUGGAUGAAGAACAGUUUGAGAAUUACUGACAGCACUUUGCAAGACCAGGUGUGGGAUAUUUUCUCAGAAGCAAGCAGAAACAUUGCAAAAGAGAAAGAACAAGACAAACCACAACAGAAGGAAGAGAGGCAGUCUGCAGAAACUGGGGAAAAAACGAUGGCAGAAGAAAACGGAAUUACAGAUGAUAAAACUGAGAGGAAAAAGAAUAAGAGAGAACGAAAAGAAGAGAGACAAAAGAACAAAAAGAAAGAGAAAAAAGACUUGAAAUUAGAAAACCAGUCCGAAGUAAAAAAGAGUAAAAAGUCCAAAAAAGGAAAGGAGAGCUUGGAGAAUGAAUUUGAAAUAAAUGGAAAUGGCCAUCAGAGUGAAAUAGAAGAGGAAACAAAUGUAAAGAAACGCAAGCAUAAAUACACUGAAGAUGAACCUCACAUGACAACAAAGAGAGUGAAAACCGAAAACAUUUCAGAAGACAUGGAAACAGAAAACACCAAUGGCAACGAAGAAAAUGUGGGAACAGAUAAAGGUAAAUUCAACUGGAAGGGAACCAUCAAAGCUCUUUUGAAACAGGCUCCAGACAAUGAAAUUUCAAUUAAAAAACUAAGGAAGAAGGUUAUAGCUCAGUAUUAUGCAGUAGCUGGUGAACAUCACAAAUCAGAAGAGGAUAUUCUAGUCAUAUUUAAUAAGAAAGUGAAUAACAAUCCCAAAUUUAAAGUUUUAAAGGACAAAGUUAAACUCCUGAAAUAA